AACAGCCAAUACACUCAGUUACAUUUCUUAAUAUUAUCCAAUCACAAUUCAGUAAGCCUAAAAAUUAUCAAAAACAAGUGACAGUUGAUACAAAAACAAAUAGUUUUGGUGAUAAUAGAAAAGUUAGUAUUUAAAUGUUUUGCUUACCAUUUUUACUCAGUAAAUAAAGUAAUUUACCAGUAAUAUAUAUCAGAAAAUAUGAAUGUAGUUAUAAGAAGGGUCUUGACGAGACAAUCUUUUAGAUUAUGUGACACAUUUGCACAUAAAACUUUAUCUAAACACAUACCCAUAACCUCAACAUGUCCUGUUAUACAAUUACGGAAUUACUGCCAGGAGCGUUUGGAAACAGAAACGCGAAAAUUACCGCAGCUUAUGGAAUUCCCGCCAAUCGUGUGGCCUUCAUUUAUCAAGUUCAUAAAGAAUUGGAUGUUUGCAAACUUUAUCAUCAGACCUUAUUUUGACCAGGAAUUCAGCUUACAUGAGUUCAUUGAAGGAUCAAAACACGCUGUUCAGGUUGUUUCAGAAUGCCUACAAAAGAGUGAUUUCAAGUCAUUAGACGGUCUGGUAGAUAAGGAUGCUAUUGCGGCGCUAAAGUCUGCCAUUUCAAAGCUCUCAGUCUCACAGCGGCAGCUGCUGUCUAUUGAGAAGGAAGAUAUCUUUUAUGCCUUUCCUUAUCAGGUUGGUGUAAUGUUUGAUGAUGCGGAUAAGCGCUGGGUUGAAAUAACAAUGUGCUACCAUGUAUUCAGAGGGCUCAGACAUUUGAAAGAUGCUGGCGAUUUACCACCUAUCACUAUUGGUGUACAACCAGAAUACCAGGACAAGAUAUUUAUUCUAAACUACAGAUUUAUAAGAGAAUUCACUAAAGGAGUAGAAGAUAGUUGGUGGAUUAAUAUCGUGAACCACUUCCAGCCACAGAAUGUAAUAAAGAAGUGAUUGUUACGGUCAAACCUUUGUUGCAACUGAAACACUUUUUGUUUUGUUCAUGUCUCGAAAAAGUUGUCUACCACAUCUAGAUUUUGUGUAAUAAAUAAAUAUUAUUCAUGCUAUAAGACUGUGUGUCAUACUUAUAAUAAAUAUGUGAAAUUAAUUACAGAGAUUACAUAAAAAAAUAGAUGUUGUAGACAAUUCUUUAAAGGGUUUUAUACACAAUGUAAUUUUCCAGGCGUUCGAAAAGCCCCGAGGGUCAAUAACCUGUCAGUAGAUUUUGCUAGAAAGAGAUAAAAUUUUCAUUUAUACUCUGUACAAAAUGUGUAAAAAUAUCGGCAAGAAUAGAUUAUUGAGACUAGGAAAAUGUUUGCUUCAUUAUUAAAUAAAUAUUGGUUCAGUUGCAGCAGAAAGACAUGAUUUUAUAUGGGUUUUUUUCUGAUGUUUGUCAAACUAAACACUAAAAUGAGCUUCCGACAGUGUAAAAAAAAAUAAAUGCAGUUGAAUUGUUCUCGUUAUUGUCAAUUUAUUUCAUUUCAUUUCAUAACAAUAAUCACAGUUAUUUCAUAAUAAUAACUAUUAUUAUUUACAAAUUCUUAUUAAAACUAAUGUUAAUGGAAAUGCAGUAGAACAUUUGUUGGCCUGAUACGCCACUAGGUGCAGGUUAGUUUUUUAUGACUAGAAUGAAUAGAAAGGAAGAAAAAGAUGUUAGUAUGGGGCUCUGCGGUUUCUUUAAUACCCUUUAUUAUGAAAUUCACUGUGUGUAUAUAUUCGUGAUCAUUACCCUAUCCUACUUAGUACUAAAACGUAUUAAUUAUCUAGUGUUGAAAUUAACGGCCUUUUAACUAUAAUACAACAAAAUUAGGGCGAAAACCACAGGUCCACCGAAGAAAGAAGAAAUGUCAAAGUCCUGCCUUAAACCUAAAUAACGGUUUACAAUAAUAAUAUUAUCGCUUAUGCACUUUAUAAUCUAAGUUAUAAAAAGUUUACCUACAACAUUGUAGUAUAAAAAUAUAAAAAUAAUUGCAUUCAAUUCCCGAUAGUAGUCAUUACAUUUACAUUAAAUAAUAUCUAUUAUAUGUUAAUUAAAUAAAAAUUAAUUAUAAUUAUUGUUAUCACAGUAUGUCGGAUUUUUUUGUGGGAUGGGCCAGCAACGAGCAGACGGAUCACCUGAUGGGGAGCAUCGGCGCCCCCUAUGGGCAGUCGUAACAUCAAGAGACUAACAACUUCGUUGCCGGCCUUUUGAGGGAUAUAAGGAUUGGGGAGAAAGAAGAGGGAAGGAAUUGGGCCUCCGGUAA